AUGGUGGAUACCUUCACUGCCUGGUGCAACUCCCACCUGCGCAAAGCUGGCACCCAGAUUGAGAACAUCGAGGAGGACUUCCGGAAUGGCCUGAAGCUCAUGCUGCUGCUGGAGGUCAUCUCAGGUGAGAGGCUGCCCAAACCCGACCGGGGCAAAAUGCGCUUCCACAAGAUCGCCAACGUCAACAAAGCCCUGGACUACAUAGCCAGCAAGGGGGUGAAGCUGGUGUCCAUCGGGGCGGAAGAAAUCGUGGACGGCAAUGUGAAGAUGACUCUCGGCAUGAUCUGGACCAUCAUCCUCCGCUUCGCCAUCCAGGACAUCUCUGUGGAAGAGACAUCUGCCAAAGAAGGGCUGCUGCUGUGGUGUCAGCGGAAGACGGCCCCUUACAGAAACGUGAACAUCCAGAACUUCCACACCAGGCAAGCACCGGCCCGGAGGCGAGGGGGUGCCCUGCCUGUCUCCCAGGAGCCCACAUGUGAUGACCCCAUAGGAAACAUCAACCUGGCCAUGGAGAUCGCAGAGAAGCACUUGGACAUUCCCAAAAUGCUGGAUGCUGAAGAUUUAGUGUACACUGCCAGACCCGAUGAACGCGCCCUCAUGACCUAUGUGUCCUGUUACUAUCAUGCUUUUGCGGGUGCCCAGAAGAAGGUUCUUUCUGUGGAUGGCCCCCACAGACUCCAUGAUGAGGUCUCGCUGCAGGGGAUGAAUGGCAGGGCUGAGACAGCAGCUAACAGGAUAUGUAAGGUUCUUGCUGUGAAUCAAGAGAAUGAGAGGCUGAUGGAAGAAUACGAGAGGCUAGCAAGUGAGGUAAAGGAUCGGGGCGCCCGGCUCCGCACCCCUCUCCAGGGCCGCCUGUGUCGCUUGCAUCUUGCAUCUCAGAGAGAAGGGAAGCAGGAACCACACGGGCUGUCGCUGGCUCCCGUGGUAGCGAGCAGUGUGCAGUGCCAACGCUGCUCUGAUGCAGAGUCGCAGAGCAUGCGCGCAUGUGCUGAGGCGUUGGCCUGCUGCAUCCAAGCCCCGCCCCUAGACAGCCUCGUGUUGGCCAAAUCCAGGAGCCUGGCCACACUCGCACAGGUCCUCCUUCUGGAGUGGAUUCGGCGCACGAUCCCCUGGCUGGAGAACCGGACGCCGGAGAAGACGAUGCAGGCCAUGCAGAAGAAGUUGGAGGACUUCCGGGACUACCGGCGCAAGCACAAGCCGCCCAAGGUGCAGGAGAAGUGCCAGCUGGAGAUCAACUUCAACACGCUGCAGACCAAGCUGCGCAUCAGCAACCGGCCGGCCUUCAUGCCCUCCGAGGGCAAGAUGGUGUCGGACAUCGCAGGUGCCUGGCAGAGGCUGGAGCAGGCUGAGAAGGGCUAUGAGGAGUGGCUGCUCAACGAGAUUCGGAGGUUGGAGCGCUUGGAACACCUGGCCGAGAAGUUCAGGCAGAAGGCCUCCACGCACGAGACCUGGGCUUAUGGCAAAGAGCAGAUCUUACUGCAGAAGGACUAUGAGUCAGCGUCGCUGACCGAGGUGCGGGCGCUGCUGCGGAAGCACGAAGCCUUUGAGAGCGACCUGGCGGCCCAUCAGGACCGCGUGGAGCAGAUUGCUGCCAUCGCCCAGGAGCUCAACGAGCUGGAUUACCAUGAUGCCGUGAAUGUCAAUGACCGAUGCCAGAAGAUUUGCGACCAGUGGGACAGGCUGGGGACGCUCACGCAGAAGCGGAGGGAGGCCUUGGAGAGAACGGAGAAAUUGCUAGAAACCAUCGAUCAGCUGCACCUGGAGUUUGCUAAGAGAGCGGCUCCCUUCAACAAUUGGAUGGAGGGAGCGAUGGAGGACCUGCAGGACAUGUUCAUUGUCCACAGCAUCGAGGAGAUCCAGAGUCUCAUCACUGCCCACGAGCAGUUCAAGGCCACGCUGCCCGAGGCGGAUGGCGAGCGGCAGUCCAUCAUGGCCAUACAGAAUGAGGUGGAGAAGGUCAUUCAGAGCUACAGCAUCAGGAUCAGCUCCAGCAACCCGUACAGCACGGUCACCAUGGACGAGCUCCGCAACAAGUGGGAGAAGCCUUAUAUCCUGGCGGAUGAGCUGCGUCGAGAGCUGCCUCCCGACCAGGCCCAGUAUUGCAUUAAGAGGAUGCCAGCCUACUCUGGCCCAGGCAGCGUGCCUGGGGCCCUGGAUUACACGGCCUUCUCCUCCGCGCUGUAUGGGGAGAGUGAUCUGUAA